CAAUUCUUCCAUUCUAGUAAUCUCGCUAUUUCCAACCCCUCAAGCAAGCACAAACACAUCGACCACAGUCAUCCCAAUGCAGUCUCCAAAGAUCCUCAUCACUGGUGCCACCGGCUACAUCGGCGGCACCCUCAUCCACUCCCUUUCCACUACCACCAAUCCAACCCUUAAAACGCUUAAAAUCAGCGCACUCCUCCGCUCAGCCUCUCAAGCCGCUCUCUUCACGGCGUACAACGUCUCCCCCACCAUCCUAUCCAACCCAGACGACCUGGAGGAGGUGCGAAAGAUUGCUUCCGGCUUCGACAUCAUUCUAAACCCAGCUUACGCUACCUUACCGGAGCAUUCCAAAGCGCUUGUCCUCGGUCUGGGAGAUCGCUUGGCCUCGAACCUCGAGGGAUUUGUCCCACACAUGAUACAAGUCUCCGGCACCUCGAACCUCUCCGACCGGCCCUUCACGGAUAUUGAGAAAAUCAAUCCCUACAGCUCUACGCCGGAAUUCUCGGACACGGAUUCUGUAGCCGUGUAUGAGAUGGAGAAAAAGCUUGACGCGCUGGAGCCAUAUGCGCAAAGGACUGCCGAACUGGCCGUCAUCGACACAGGGCUUGCGGUGGGGAUCAAAACCCACAACAUCAUGUCUCCCACUAUUUACGGGCCUGGCUCCGGUCCGGGGAAUAAGCUAAGUAUUCAGAUUCCGGCGGUGGCGCGUGCGGCGGUCAAGAAUGAGUUCGCGCACACCGUUGGCACCGGCUCGCAGGAAUGGGAUCAUAUUAGUAUCACCGAUUUAAUCUCCCUGUACGAAAUCCUGCUCACCCGAAUCAUCGAAGGCAAACCCGUCCCCUCUGGUCCAUCUGGAAUCCUAUUCUCUGAAUCGGGCCGACAUACGUGGAGGCAACUCAUGCAGAUGGUGGCAGAUGCAGGCGUCAAAGUCGGAAAGUUGCAGAAAGCGGAAGUGAGGAGUUUCGAGCUGCAGAAGGCAGCAGAUUUGUGGGGGUUGGGUGCUAUGCCGGCGUUUGCGGAGUUGGGGCUUGCGAGUAAUUCGAAGACGAGGGCGGAGGUGGCGAGGAGUUGGGGAUGGAGGCCAAAGGACAGGGAUGAGGAGUUUAGGAAGGGGAUAGAAGCGGAUUGGAGGAAGGUGGUGGAGAAGGAUGGGCAGUAGGAUGAUAGGCGGGCUAGGUAGAGGCGGUAGCUGAGGCUGGGGAUAGAGGCUAAAGGAUAGAGAUGAGGAGUUUAGGAAGGGGAUAGAAGCGGAUUGGAGGAAGGUGGAGAAGGAUGGGCAGUAG